GUAGGUGGGAUCAAAUCUGUAGGACAUAAACACCGAAAAAAGCUUCUCAGGCAGCGAAUAGCAUGAAUGAGGCAGAAAUAUGUCCUCAUAAGUGUCAGAUAGCUUUAGAGAAUUAAAUGUAAUCUUGAGUGUCUGAGGCUUUCCACAAAGUUAUGUAAUGGAAAUCCUCCCAGAAAAUAAUUGAAUGUUCAGCUCUCAAAGUUGUUCUUGUCCUCUAUUUUAGAUGUGAGGGAAUCUUCAAAUAGUACUUGUGUAUUCUUGGUAAGGGUACAGGUCCAGGUGACCUAUCGCCCUGGCUUGUUAGUGACUGAGCAUCCCUGGCACAGUCCUUUGACUGUGAAAUAUUUGUCUCAUCACAUUAACACACUUAGUGUUAGUUAAUGAAUUAAGUGUUAAGCUUUUGUUUGUUGUACUAUACUGUUAAUACUGUGCCAAUAUUAUGCAAGGCAUUACAUUUUAUUCUAGUUACUAACAGUAGAAAUAGAAAAUCUUAGCUGUUUUUCUUGCUAAAAGUCGAAAAUCUUAUUUUAAACUUUUUAUACUAUUUAUAAAAUGAUGUAUACUAAAUGCUUGUCAGAUUUGAAAAUAGGUAGCAUAAUAAGGGCUAUAUUUUACAACCUACUCCUCCAACACCCCUGAAAAGAAACAGCCUCCCCCAGUAACAUUUUGCAGACCCAUAUGCAUGACACUGCCCUCAGACCUUUCAUGCACUGUAAGAAAUACCUUCAUGGUUUGUCACUUGACAUUUUAACCAAGGAAACAGCCCCAACAUUUGUGAGUCUAACUUACUGUGACAUUUUCUUCUACUGUCAGCUGACGAGGAACUACAGCUCCUGCUCCUCAAUAUGGAUGGAUGACAGCACACUCAGCAAGCCUAAUCAUAGAAACAUAGUACAAUGUAUGACGUUGGCAGUAUAUUACCACAUAAAAUACAGAGAUGCAAAUACAUCCCUGGAUAUUUUUGAUGAGAGACUGCAUCCUCUCACAGAAGAGACGCUUCCAGAGGACUACUUUCAGCAUGAUCCUGAACAUGAAUGUAUAUACAGAUUUGUUGCUAUUAUUUUUAAUGCCCUAUGCAUACCAACUGAAUGCGCAAUAAUGACUUUGGUUUACUUAGAAAGGUUGAUGUCAUAUGCUAAGAUUGACCUCUGUCCUACCAACUGGAAAAGGAUUGUCUUGGGAGCCAUUGUUCUUGCCUUCAAGGUUUGGCAUGAUAAGGCUGUGUGGAACAUAUACUUCUGCCAGAUCCUCAAGAACCUUGCACUCCAAGACAUAAAUCAACUGGAAAGGCAUUACUUGUGUCUGCUUGAGUUUAAUGUUAAUGUGUCUGCCAGCAUUUAUGCCAAAUACUACUUUGAUCUUCGCUCUUUAGCAGAUCACAGCAACAUGUAUUUUGUGCCUGCACCUCUCACCAAAGAAAGAGCACAGAAACUAGAAGCGAUGUCAAGAUACUGUGAGGAUGGAGGCUUGCACAGAAGUGAAAUCAGAAAAGCUUCCAGUGAUGACAGCUUCACUGGAAUUCAACUGUCUAAAGCCAUCCUGUCUUAAAAGAGAGAGAUGAGGGCUAUGACAUCGUAGACCCUCGUUUACACAAGAUGGACCACCUGUCUUUGAAAAAAAAAAAAUCCAAAGUGAACAUAUUUGCCAAAAGGAAAGACCUUGAAUUUCAGAAACUGUUGGACAGUUAUAGUUGUAUUGCAUGGGAAGAGACCUUGUGAAAGCAACAACACACUUCCUUUCUUCAUUGAUGUGAGCAGAGUUACUAGUACCACAAAGCAGAAGCUCCUGGCUGACACAACCAUUCGCUUACUUCACAGGCCAAUGCCUGUGAACUCUGCAAGGCUUUUAGAUUAAGAGUAUAAAGUUAAGCUAGUUUAAAAUUUUAAUAAAUUUUUAAGGUAGAUUUUUUAAAUAGUAUCUGUUUAGUUUUCAUGUCCCCUGCCACAAUAUAGCUGUGUAGACUUUUAGGAUUAGCAUAGUAUUACUGUUAAAAAAUGGGGAACCUUUUGUAUUACAUGGUGCUGAGAGAAAAAUCCACAUUCCUAUCCAUGUCUCAGGCAGUAUGUCUAUUACUGAGCCAUUCACCCAGCCCCAAAAUGGGAGUAUUCACACUUAUGAAAUCAUUUAGGACUACACUGCCACGUCAUCAGUAUUGAAGGUUCUUCCUUCCUGUGGUAUCACUGAGUUCCUAGGCAGUCAUGUCAGCAAUUUUACACAAAAAUUCAGCCAGAGAGCACUUGCCACUCAGGUUCUUUACAAGCACUACUUAGCAGCCUCAUGCCAUUCCAUGUCUGUGGUCAUAAAGAAAAAUCAUCUGCUAUUGGCUAUCUACUUUUAUCGGGUUCAUACAGAAUCUUAUGAGGUAAAAGUGGUGCUGAUAAUUUUUUGAUGAUUUCCCUUUGUUAAAUAAACAUGUCAGAAGAUAUUUCUAUAAUGCAAACCAAUAUGAUGGUUCAAUAAUCACUACAGAUAGUAAAGUACAAGGCAUCCCAAAAGUUUCAGAGUAGUUUUAAGCCUUUGGCUACUAUGUUUGUGUCUUUAAGGGCACUGGAGCAGGUAGAAAAGCUGCAAACUUACAAAUCAUUAUUCCAACAUUUCAGUUUGGUGAGUUUAGAAUAUUAUUCAUUUAUUCUAAACUUUUUCUAGUCUCUUAAAAAAAGGAUAGAGAGAAGAGCUAGAACAAAAGUUAAAAGCUUAAUUUUCACAUUUCUCAAGUUAAUACUUCCAAAUAAUAUAUGAUAAUGUUUUAACUUCUGUAUUUAUACACGGUACCAAAGCUUAAAAUGACACUAAGAUUUUUGGGAUGUUUUAUAUUGCAAAGAGUUUCCCUCUUCUUUCCGAGGAGUUCUUUUAGAGCAGUGCACUAUCCCUAUUUUGAGUACCUAAAUUUCUUGGUUCUUGAUUUGGUGAAGGAGAGUAUUAAGAGCAAUAUUAAUUGGCAUGUUUCAUAAAGGAAUUGGACCCCAACAGCAGCACUUGGUAUGAAAGCUUAUUUUGAAACCUAUCCUACAUGUUACCUUAGCAGUAGGUACCCCAUUGCGAGCCCGAUUAUUUAAGACAGAAGUUACACAAACCUUAGGAACAUAAUAUAGGUUUUAAAGGACAGAAAUUAAGUAAUUUUAGACAACUUACAACAAUGUUACCUCAGUAUUAAAAAUUAGUGUUUUGGGGCUGGGGAUUUAGCUCAGCGGCAUAAGAACCUGCCUUGCAAGCAGGCGGUCGUGAGUUUGAUACCCAGUAUGAAUUAAAAGAAAAAAGUUAGUGUUUUGCCUCAUGAAAUACAUUUCUUUCCUUCUCAAAUACAACAACCUAUGCUGUCCAAAGAAAAUUAUUUACAGAAUUUCAAACUUAAAGAUUUGAAUGUUACUUGCAGAUGUUUUGUGAGAGAAUCCUAAAAUUUAUAUUUAUUUUUCAUUUCCAUGACUAUGUUUUUAAAAAGUAAUAAACUCCUUUGAUUACAACACA